UCCCGGCAGUGGCGGGGGAAGCCCGGCCGGCGCGGAGCCUGGGAGCGCGGGAGCGCGGGGAGCGCGGUGGGAAGGCCCCGCAGCGGCGCGCAAUCCUGCUGUUACCAGGCCGGCCUGACAUGGGCAGGGGGCCCCACCCCUGAUUCCAGAUGACGCUCAUGCCAAUGGCGUCAGUGAUGGCGGUGACCGAACCAAAAUGGGUCUCUGUGUGGGGCCGUGUGCUGUGGCUGACGCUGCUGAGCAUGGCCCUGGGGUCGCUGCUGGCCCUGCUGCUGCCACUGGCAGCAGUAGAGGAGCGCUGCUUGGCUGUGCUCAAAGGCUUCUACCUGCUCAGCAGCAGACUGGAUAGGGCGCAGCAUGCCACCACCAAGCGCACCAGCCCAUCCACGGAGCUCAGCAUCACCUCCAGGGACGCGGGGCUGCUGGUAGUCAAGACCAAGGCAUCUCCAGCAGGCAAGCUGGAAGCCAGAGCAGCCCUGAACCAAGCGCUGGAGAUGAAGCGCCAGGGCAAGCGGGACAAAGCGCGCAAGCUCUUCCUGCACGCUCUCAAGAUGGACCCGCACUACGUGGACGCCCUCAAUGAGCUGGGCAUCUUCUCAGAAGAGGACAAGGACAUCAUCCAGGCCGACUACCUGUACACCCGGGCCCUGACCCUCUCCCCUUUCCACGAGAAGGCGCUGGUGAACCGGGAGCGGAUGCUGCCACUGGUGGAGGAGAUUGACCAGCGGUCUUUCAGCACCAUCGACAGCAAGGUGAAGAAACUCUUGUCUAUCCCCAAGGACAGCUCGGCACUGCGCCGGGUGCUGGAGGAGACGUACUACCACCACAUCUACCACACGGUGGCCAUCGAGGGCAACACCCUCACGCUGUCCGAGAUCAGACACAUUCUGGAAACGCGCUACGCCGUGCCGGGCAAGAGCCUGGAGGAGCAGAACGAGGUGAUCGGCAUGCACGCUGCCAUGAAGUACGUCAACACCACGCUGGUCUCACGCAUCGGGUCGGUCACCAUCAGCGACGUGCUGGAGAUCCACAGGCGGGUGCUGGGGUACGUGGACCCGGUGGAAGCGGGCAGGUUUCGGACCACCCAGGUUUUGGUGGGGCAUCAUGUGCCCCCCCACCCCCGGGAGGUGGAGAAGCAGAUGCAUGAGUUCCUUCAGUGGCUCAACUCAGAGGAUGCCAUGAACCUGCACCCCGUAGAGUUCGCCGCCUUGGCUCACUACAAGCUGGUGUACAUCCACCCGUUCAUCGACGGCAAUGGCAGGACCUCGAGGCUGCUGAUGAACCUCAUCCUCAUGCAGGCUGGCUACCCACCCAUCACCAUCCGCAAGGAGCAGCGCUCCGAGUACUACCACAUGCUGGAGGUCGCCAACGAGGGCGACGUGCGCCCCUUCAUCCGCUUCAUCGCCAAGUGCGCCGAGAGCACCCUGGACACCCUGCUCCUUGCCACCACUGACUACUCAGUGGCCCUGCCGGAAGCCACCCCCAACCAUUCAGGGUUCAAGGAGACACUCCCCAUCCGGCCCUGACCCUUGGCGUCGUUUCUCUCUAGGUGAAGAGGGAACCAAAGAAAAUGCCAUUUACAGAAACCUAGUUCUGCAAAUCCAGACCUUCAAAGACUAUCUCCAGACGUUUGGUUGUUGUUGGGGUUUUUUUAGUUAAAAAAGACUAAACUAUAAGCUAUGUAUCUAAGGUAAUUUAUAAUUCAGUGAUGUUAUUUAUUUGCUUCUUUGGAGCGAGCUAGCCAUGUUGGGGCGGGGGGGGUGUCUCCCUGUGGCCAUGCUGGUUGGCAGCUGGGGGUGACCAGGAUGCAGGUUGUGGGCAGGAUUUGCACUAAGGUGAGGGAGGGAGGCAGAGCCUAUGGGAGAAGGCUCUCCCCAUUUUCUGUCUGAAAUGGCCCCAUGGUUAGCACCAUGAAGUGGGCCAUGCUGGGGAGAAGCAUGCCCAUGUGCCGAGGUUUCUGUCUCUACACCCGGAUGGCUCAGUGGCUUUCCUGCCUCUCCAGGCCGGAAGUGGAUGCUGACAUUUGCCUUAGAUGCCUGACUUAUUUCCAAGGAGUCCUUGGAGCCAUCCUUCAGACCUGAGUGCCGGUGGCUAGGAUUUUCAUAAGGGAACGAUUUUUCUAAUUCAGAGAGCAGCAGCUUUGGACUCACUUCUUGAUGUUUCUUACAUUUCAUUGGCAGCAGCUCAGACCAGACGCUUUAGUGUAAAAGUUCUCUGGGCUGGUUCCCCAGUAACCGCAGGGUUGCCGACCCACAGAUGAAGAGUCCCACAAGGAGGAGGGCUGGGGUCGGGGCAAGUUCAAAGUCUAGUGCCACUGCUUGUGGCUCACAUCUAGCACCAGCCAAGCAAGUCAAACAAGAGUGAGGUCCUAAGUAACUUUCUGAUCAUAAAUUAGAAUCCAGUGAUUAUGUGACCAGAGAGGCAAAGUACGUGUGUCCCUUCUGAACCCAUACCCUUUUUGCCUCCACCUGGCAAAGUCACUCUACUGUCCCAGCAUCCCCUGGCGGUCAGU